CGAACGGUCUGAGCCGGGUGGAACUAAUUUGGGCCGUUCAUCCGUCUCAUGCCGGCUCCUACGAUAAGUAAUGCUGUGGACGGAUUAGAAAAUGGCGAAGAUAUUGAAAAGCUGAAAAAAUUACUCCCACAUGUAAAUUUGGAAACCGGAUUGAAACAUCGAUCUGUCACUCGUGACCCUAUCACUGGCCUGGGUGCGAAAUCGGUCGAUGAAGUCGAAGGGCGAAUAAGAUCCCGCUCACACUCGUCGACAGGAAGAGCCUACAAUCACACAUUUAUUUCAUGGAAUAUAGACUCAGAUGCCGCUGCGACCAAGUUGGCCCAAUGCAAACGAAAAAACGCGCGCAACCCAAUCACUAUGACGGGCGACCUGGGUGACGAAGUGGACAAGUUCCGAUCCACCAAUCGACCUCGAGGCGCGACACUACGUGAACCCCAAAGGAAUCCAAUCUCAGGGCAAGGAAAUUUUGGUGAAAGAGAAUGGGAUCCAGUUUGGAAGUAUAACGGAAAAAUUCGUCGCUCCAAGAGCAGCACAAACAUCCGCAGUAACCCAUUGACUGGUCAGAAUGUGAAGUCCUUUGAAGUCAUGUUCGAGGAGAAGCCAAGAGCAUCGAAAAGACAUGAAGAGAAAAACAAACCUCAACGAAACGCUCUGACCGGCGCUAACUGCACCAGCUAUUCGGUCCCACCUGGCAUGAAGGAAACACAUACAAGCCAACACAGCCCAAUUCAACGGAAUGCGAUUACGGGAGAACAUUGUUCCACUUAUGACAUAAAUGCUGAAGUUCGAUGUCAGAAAAAACGUCCGAAUUCCAAUUGCACCAAUCCGAUCAGCGGUGAGAAUAUGAAAACUUUUGUUAUGUCCCAAGAGGAGAGACAACGACCCAACAAGCCUUAUGUAUACAAAAACACUGUAACUGGAGAGAAUCUGACCAGUUAUCAGAUCACUCCAAUCGAAAGACACGUGAAACCAAGACAAUCAACAGGUACAUUGCUUGUUUCCGUAUAUUCCUGA